UCUCUGCAACAAUGAUCAGUAAGCGCUGCAGGAAAAGGAGGAGGUACCUCUGAAGCUCGGCCCAGGGAAGACGUCCCUCCUCUUCUUCCCCGUUUGGCUCUCUCGGAUCCCAGUUUCGGGUGGCGAAGCUCCUUCUGAGCGGGGCUGCUGCUGGACCAAGACCAUGGUGCCUGAGCUGGAAAAAGCAACUGUUCAGAUGAAGAAUCCUGAACAAGUACAAAACAUAAUUUCAAUGCUCAGAAAAGGUGGAGCAGAAAGACUCCAGGUAAUUUCUGAUUUUGACAUGACCCUGACUAGGUUUGGAUUCAAUGGACAGCGUUGCCCAACUUCACACAAUAUCAUAGAUAACAGCCGGGUCAUCAGUGACGAAGGCAAAAAAAAGCUGAAAGAUCUGCUGCAGUACUACUAUCCUAUCGAAAUUGACCCAUACAGGUCCGUGGAGGACAAACUGCCUUUAAUGGUAGAAUGGUGGACUAAGGCCCACAACCUCCUAUCCCAGCAGAAGAUUCUGAAAAGCGACAUCGCCCAGAUAGUGAAAGAGUCAGAUGUCAUGCUCAGAGAUGGCUUCAACAUUUUCUUUGACCAGCUUCACCAGAAGCGAGUUCCCCUGUUCAUCUUCUCAGCUGGUGUAGGUGAUGUGCUAGAGGAGAUAAUUCAUCAGGCUGGUGUGUUCCAUCCUAAUGUCAACGUGGUCUCCAAUUAUAUGGACUUUGAUGACAACGGAGUCUUGCAAGGAUUUAAAGGGCCCCUCAUUCAUACCUACAACAAGAAUAACACAGUUCUGAAGAAUACAGAGUAUUUCCAGCAGCUCUGCAUGAGGACAAACAUCUUGCUCCUUGGGGACUCCAUGGGUGACCUCAGUAUGGCAGAUGGAGUUGCUAAUGUAGAAAACAUCCUUCGGCUUGGCUUUUUGAAUGACAAGGUGGAGGAACAGCGGGGGAAGUACACUGAGGCCUAUGAUAUCGUGCUGGAGAAAGAUGAAACAUUGGAUGUAGUAAACGGCAUACUUAACUUCAUUCUGAUGCAAACCUAAGCCACACAGUCCCAUUAUUCUUGACCAGCUACCUUUUGAAAAGGCAAGAGGUUCUGUGUGUGCUGGUGGGUGAUGCUAUUCCUUAGUUCUCACUCCCACUUGCUGGCUUCUUCUGCACUUACUCUUUCUUAACCCAGCUUUAACACGUCCCAGUGAUACAAAAAAGAGCACAGAUUCAUCCUGCAGUCAGUAUCUCUGAUGCCAAAAUGGAAUUGGCAAUCAGAACACUGAAGGCUAUGCGAUAGUUAAAAUUCCUAUAAGAAAACGAAUUGUGAUGGUGCAUCCCAAUGAUUUCAAAGGAUAGAAACAUUUGUUGUGACACCAACCUGAUAAAUAUCAAGGUGUUGCUUUAUGAGACAGAGAUUGAGACACAGAAUUCGAGAUAAAUGGGCGUUGCUGUUUUUGCCAGUAAGCAGUUAGCUGGAAUCCCUACUUUUUUUAACUGCUUGAAUGAGGAAGUACACAGGUGGAACAGAGGAAGUUUUCUUCAUGAAUAAAAUUAGUGCACUUUGGCUGUAAGAAAUGUUUUGCUUGGGUAACUUUGUUCUUCAAAUGUCAAUUCAGUGCAGCAAUUAUCUUACCCUCAAUUGUUAGAAAUGACAGCUCCACCUGGCCUUUCAGUAUUUCUGGCAUUUGAAAACUAGCUUGAAUAUUAAUCACUGCAUGGACAGAGGGAGAAUUUUAAUGGAUAUUCUAGCAUCUGUGUAAACUAUAAAAGACAGUUUCAUCCCAAGAAAGUGAGUGCACAAGACCCACAGAGUGUCUUUUUUUAACUUUUAACUUUUAUUGGAUUUCUUCUGCAUUAUAUUUUGGUUUCAUAGAAUGUAUACUGUUUUUUUCAAAAACAUUGUUUGAACUAUAAAUGGUUCCCUCCCACCCACACACAGAGUUUUCUCCAUAAAAUCCAACAAAGUUAAAACUUUUUUUAAAACUCAAAAGGUAUGUGUAAGGAUAAUUAAAAAUCUUAUUUUGAAAAA